AUGGUCCGUAUUGACCAGAUUUUUGAGCAGUCGUUGAGUAUUGGUGAGUAUAAGGCGGACUUGCUGGGCUUGAGAGGAGAGUUUAUCGGUGUGCCCCUCUACCGUCAAUACCAAGCUACUUCUAGUUGUCACGACUUUGGUGUCAUGCAGUGCAAGCAAAGCAUGGCGCCGAGCUAUAUAUAG